UUUUCCUGAUGUAGAUGGCGAAAAAAUUACUCGUGAUGAUUUGAUGUCUCGAAUUUUAAUUGCCUGUGCCGAUGCAUUAAAUCUUAUACCAGAAUGUAUACCGAUCUUAAAGGAUUUUGCUUUAGCUAGUUCAUCAAAUAUUGAUAAAUGUAGCUGGCAUGUUAUUUACCCUUAUGGGCAAUUUAUUGACUAUAGAGAUCUCAAAGGCUUUACGGAAAAAGUCAUUGAAUUGGUAGGGAAACCUUACUCGAAGUUUAUAGAUGUUGGCCUUCCCAAGUCACGUUUUAGUCUUUGUCUUCUUGGAUCAGCAAAAGAAGAAAGGAUAAAAAAACCAGCAUUAUCUUCAUUCAAUAGAUUUCACAAGCUAGAAGAUUAUUUAGUUCAACCAAAAUCGGAUUAUUCUGUGAUCUGGCCACAAACAUUUUCUUCUGAAAAGCCAGCCAAUAAAUUCCAGCCUAUCAAAGAUGAAGAUACCCUGAGAAAAGGUGCUAAUUUGGUUAUUGCAAAAUAUGGUUGGCUUGAAAUCGGGAAAAAUGGAAAAGGGUUAAUUAACUUUCAAGCGCAAUCAUCUAAAGAAUGUCCUAUUUGUGAA